GAUAGGUCCUAGCAGAUCGCCUGACCAGCUCACCAUGUGCUCGCCCAGACCCAACCAGAUUCCUUCGAAUGAUGCAUGGGCGAAGGAAGACUGGAGAACCUCCAGAAGGAGGUCAGCUCCGCCAUCCGCCGCCAGAGGUCCUGGACGGACGCUGCCGCGCUCUUGCGCACGUGCGCGACACGGCGAGUUCUGUUGAAGGAGUUUUGUCUCAGCGCGCUCUUGGGAAGCUAUGCGAAGGCGACCAAAUGGAGAAAGUCCUUGGAUGGAUUAGAAGCAUCAAAUGACGACUUGCUCGUGCCCGACGUGUUUUGCUACACUGCCGUGCUGAAUGCGCUGGAGCGUGGACGGUGCUGGAGCUUGUUGGGCAGCCUAUUCAUCCGGAUGUCCCAAGAAGGGAUCCAGCGGAACCUGAUCAGUGUCACCAGUGCACGUGCCGCUCGACCGCUGUGGCGCCACACGAGCGAGACGCUUCGACUGCUGCGCCGGUGGCAGCUCCGAGCUGAUGUGGUUUGCUGGAGCUCCGUGUUGAAAGCUGCCCAUGGAGGCACGCCAUCCACUUGGACCCGGCUUUGCGCCCUGCUGACCGACAUGUCCAGCGGCUCCAUCGCGGGCGACGUGAUCUCGUUCAACGCAGCCAUGCACCGGACGCCUUGGCAGCUCAGCGGCGCAGUUCUGCGUAUGAUGAACUUGCAACGAGUUUUUCCCGAUGUCGCUACUUUUACGCAUGCCAUGAACGCCUGCGCUUUGAAGUUGAGCUGGCAUGAAGCUCUCUUGUUUGCCGGUGCUGCUUGGACGGCCCAGGUCCAGCUCGACCAGAUGGCUUUGACCCCGCUAUUGGCCGCACAUCCCUGGCGGAAAGGCUUGAGCCUGGCGCAGGCGCGUGCGCAAGUGGGAACCCACACUUGGAACGAUGGAGGCUUACAGCUGGAUUCGGUGUGUUGGAGUGCCCUGCUAGCGGCUUCCCAUUGGCAAAAGGCCUUGGAGCUCGGACGAUGUCUUCCCUGUGCUUCCAUCACUUUGACCACAGCUGGCCACAACGCUCUGCUGUCGGCUUCUGGCCACUGGGCACGGGCUUGGACGCUCUUCGAGCGAGGGGACGCUCUUCGCGCUGAGGUGGACGUGUUCAGCUACAACUCGGUCGUCGCCUCCCAGAAGCGCUGGCAGUCAGCACUGGUCAUCCUGCAAGAGAUGUCGACAAGUCAAGUUGAAGGUGACCGCAUUGGAGUCAAUGCUUUGAUCAGUCUGAGCUCAGAUUCCUCCGAAUGGCCUCGGGCCUUUGAUGCUUUUCGUGGCUUGUCUUCCUCGUCAUUGCAGCCCGAUGUGGUGACCUUCUCGGCCCGGAUGGAGGCCUGUGCGCAGGCAUUGCAGUGGGAGUUGGGCUUCGACUCACUGGUGGCUAUGAUGAACGUGGGCGUUGAAGCAAAUGCCAUGACCCGCACCAGCCUUUGCAGUGCCUUGUGCUCCUUGAGGGGAGCAUGGACCAUGGCACUAGCCACAUGGAAGAGAACAGCAGACGUCGAUGCAUCUUACUACAACAUCCUCAUGUCCAGCUGCGGCAGCCACUGGCGGAUGGUGCUUCAUUUGCUACAUCAAAUGCCGCUGGUUCCGCCAAUCUUGGCACCCGACCAAAAGUGCUGGUCCACGGCGGCCCGCGCGCUGUCUGCUGGAGUUGUGUGGCGCGGUGCUUUGGAGAUCUUGGAGAUGUUGGGAGAGCACGAUGGACUGGAUAUGGUCAUGCAAGAUGUGUUGCUGUCCACAUUGGAUUUGAGUGGGCAUCUCCGAAGCUACGGGGAAGCGCUGCAGGCUAUGGCAGAUGGAUGGCGCGAAGGGAACGCCCACGCUGUGAAGGGCACGCCGCCUGGUGACAGAGUGUGGGAGGAGCCGAGCCGAGGGUCUCCAGAUUCGAGCUGUUGGAGCUCUGGAGUGAUGUUCCCCAAGUGCACAGAGUUCAGCUCCGCUCGACAUGGGCCCACCAGCUGGCGCGGCGCGCUGGCAGAGAUGCGAAGCAGGCAGCUGGAAGCCAACCUCAUCCGUGGCCGGGCAGAGGAGUUCGGCGGACAAGUCUUUAAGGACUUCUCACAUCUUCUCACUGACUGGGACUUGGAAAUCGAUCUGAUUUGCUGUGGCUUCUUUGCGUGGAACUCCGUCGGAGCCACCAAGCAGUAUUGUGCUGGGACAGGUAAAGAAGUGGCACUGUGGCAGCUGGCAGGUGACCUCGUGAGACCCCUCGCGGAGCCGGAUCUGCUCGCUGCGACGGCGGUCUUGGGCGCCUGCGUCGAACGGUGGACGCAGAGCUUGGCAUGUUUAAGCCGCUGGGACCCGGUCGACACGGUAUUGGACGAAGUGGCCGACGUGUGGGGCGACAAGCCCUUGUACCGGCCAGACGAGGGGAUUGAGGCAUGUGACCUGGUGCGUGGGUGUUGGCGCGACCGCUGCAAGUGGUCUUGGACGCCCUCUGACGUCGGAGUGCGUUGGGCAGUGGCGCGCCUUUGGGUCUCUGGCGACCUGCAGGUGCGAGCCACAGACCCGCUGGAAGCGCGGCGACAGCGCCAGCGACCGCCAGGAGCAGAACCUGGACGGAGCUGCAUGGCGUUGGUGGCCAACGAGCUCUCCCGGGAGCUGGAAGCCAUCCGCGUCAAGCGGAAGGCCGCGCAGGAAGCACUCUCGGACUUGCAGGCGAAACGGGGGCAGCUGUCGAACGAAGAAGUGUCGCAGAUUGGGUACCUGGACGACCUGUGCAACACCAGCUCCACAGACGAAGAGCGGCGGGCGACCUUCGCUGCGACCCGUGCAGGGCGCGUGUACAAAGCGGCCGAGUACGACGCAAAGGCUCUGCAGGAGUGGAAGCAGCGAAGAAGGCAGAGCAACGGCAGGCGGCCAAAGACCGUCGCGAGUCGCGCAACCGACAAGCUCGCCAAAGCCGCGAGAGAGGAAGCCGACCGAAAGGAAGAACUCAUGCGGCUCCGAGAAGCUGCGACCGCGAACGUGGCGCAGCUGGAAAAGAAGCGACGGGAAGACCUAAAGAAGGCGGGGCGGGAGACUUGUGGCAGGCCACAGAGCUGCAGGGAAGCUUUUGCCUUGCGGGAGGCUCGGGAAGCAAGAAAGGUCCAGGCAAAGCGUGCUCAGCGCGCUGCCGUUCGAAAGGCACUGCGCGCGGCCGCACAGCCCCGCAAACAAAAACGACAGCCGGCAGACUGUGGCAGGACCCCGAGCACAAGGACCACGCAAAGUACUUGGCCUCCAAGCAAAAGGCAAGCAGCGAAGAAAAAGAAACAGCGCCACGACGCCCGUUGGGUGCCCAGCCAGUAG